AGGAAGUGAUUUUGUGAACCUCGAUGGAAAAAAUUUCAAAAGAGGGAAAAUAAGUCAGUUAGUCCAUCGAACACACUGAGAAACAGCUCAAUCCUCUGUAUCCGUCAUGGCUUCACCCCACUUCUAUACAACCUUCCCAGGGAAGCAACUCUACACCAUCACCGCCCUCACUUCAAAUCUCAUCAGUCUUCCCUUCUACCUAACAUAUUACAUCUUCCCCUCCAACAGACCCUGUUCCAAAUGGACUUACAACCAAUCCAUACGAAUCCUCCUCGGCAAAGCCUUCAUAAAAUACAUUUCCUUGACGGAAUCCGGAACCAUCCUAACACUCCUCCCCAAAACCGAGGGCACAAGAUUCUGCACCAUUAACCCCGCACCCGCAUCUCACUACCAAGGAGUUAGCACCUCGAAUCCCUCGAUCACCCCAGAAAUAAUCGGCGGAACGUGGUAUCCCGCACCACCGAGUCCAUCAGAAGACCCCACUAACAACAUAAAAAUCGUCCUCCAUUUCCACGGCGGCGCCUACGUAGUCGGCGACGGACGAACUAAAGACUCCGGAUUUGCCGCCAAAACAUUCCUAUCCCACACCAACGCCACCCACGUAUUUAUUCCGCAAUACCGACUCGCCAACGAUGCGAGUAGGAGAUUUCCCGCCGCGUUACAGGACGCCGUAACUAGUUAUUACUAUUUAAUCUCCACGCUUCAGAUUCCUCCCGAAAAUAUCGUCGUAUCAGGAGAUAGUGCGGGGGGAAAUCUAACCCUAACGCUCUUGCGAUACAUAUACGAUAAUCCGGGCGCAGGACUCCCCAAUCCCGGCUGUGCAUGGUUAUGGUCCGCAUGGGUAGAUGUAGGCAGGGGGAUGAAAGAAGAAAUAUUCCGGGAAAACCGACGCGCAGCAAGCGACUACGUGCAUGAGAAAUUGGCCAGUUGGGGAGCGAAAGGACUGGCGCCUUUAGAAGGGACAGGGGUUAAGUUAACGGACGCGUGUAUUUCCUAUAUAGGAAAUGCGUUUAAGAGUGCUACGCCGAUGUUUUUUACGGCGGGUGAGUGUGAGGUGCUUUUUGAUGAUAUUGUGAGGGUUUAUGGGGAGUUUACGGCGCUGGGAAAUAAGACGCAGUUGCAGAUUGAUGGGAAUGCGGUGCAUGAUAUUAUGUUGAUCGGGGAUGUUGUGGGGUUUGAGGAGGAGGCGGUGGCGGCGGUUAAGAAAGCGGGGGAGUUUUGGGAGGGAUGUAGGGUAUAGGGUGUAGGGUUGUAGAUAGGUAUGGUGUAGGUACAGUAUGAUGGGGUCGAGGGUAAUUGUGAUAUUACCCUAGGUAAUCUUAGAUUAUAA